GCUUUCUCGAAAGAAUCAUCUUCCAAUGGCGAACGAAGAAGACAAAGCCCUUGAAGACCUUCUUGACAUUCAGAUAAAGGAACAAAAGGAAUCUCUUUUCGCCAUUAACGAAGCCCUAGCUUCUGACCCAUCUAAUCCAGAACUCCUCUCGGUCCAUGAAGAGCUUCUCGAAGCAAUCAAGGAGGCAGAGGAAGGGCUUUUUCAGUUAAAACGUGCUAGGUUAUUGCAGGAAGCUGAUAUAGUGCUAAAUGGUCUGAUUCAUGAUGCUGGUGGAGUUGAAGCUGAGGAUAAAACUGAAAUGGAACCAGAGAAAAUUGAAGAGAAGAAGGAUUUGGAUGGAUCGAAAUGUAGGUUUCGACAUACUGAUGGUCGUUGGUAUAAUGGUCGGAUUAUUGGGUUUGAAGGCUCUGAUACUGCCAAGAUCUCUUUCCUUACACCUACAUCUGAGAGUAUGACGAUGUGCAAGUUUUUCAUGGAACAGAGGUGCCGGUUUGGCAGUUCGUGUCGUUCAUCACAUGGACUAGAUGUGCCGUUAUCUUCUCUGAAGAACUACGAACAGACUGAGUGGAAAGAAUCGAUUGUAGGCUCUACGAUUUGGGCGGUUUCUGGUAGUAAAUACAACAUAUGGAGGAAGGCUGAACUUGAAUCAUGGGAUGAUGAGUUACAAGUUGGCAGAGUUGUUUUCAGAGAUGAUGGAAGCUCCGCAAAGCUAGGAUCUAAUUCUAUGGCAUUGUCAGAGUACGCUCAGAUGACUGAUGAUGACGGGGAAGAGGAGGAGGAGGACGAAGAAGGGAGUGCUUCAGAUUCUGAAGAAUCUGUUUCAAGUGAUUGUGAUGAAGAGUCUCCACAAGGCAUAGGCUUUCUAGAAAACCCAAAUCAACCAAGAGGCAUCCAAACUGACACCGCCUUAUUUGCUAAGUGGGAGAAUCACACAAGGGGAAUAGCUUCGAAGAUGAUGGCAAGUAUGGGCUACCGUGAAGGGAUGGGUCUUGGUGCCUCUGGCCAAGGGAUAUUAAAUCCUGUCUUAGUAAAAGUACUCCCAGCAAAGCGGUCGCUGGAUUAUGCUCUUGAACAUAUCAAAAACGGAGAAGGUAAAUGCGAGAAACAGAAGAAGAAAAGGAGCAGAGGUGGGAAAAGGAAGCGUGGGAAAAAGUUUGCAGAAGCAGCGAGAGCAGCAAAACAAGAAGAGGAAUCGAAGCCAGAUAUGUUUAGCUUAAUCAACGAACGAAUGAAUUAUACACGCCAGGAGAAAGUAAAGAGCAUAGAGUCUGGAAAAAUGAAACAAAACAAUGGUCCAAUAGACAGGAAAGAUCUGGUUGCAUACGAAGACGAAGUCAAGGACUUGAAGUCGGAGCUAUGGAAACUAGAACAGAUGGUGAACAGAAACAAGAAAGAUAAAGUAGUUUCAGAAGCUGCAACGAGAAGAUUGAAAGAAAUCCGAAAGGCAUUGGCAAGUACAUUAGCAGCUCAAGCAGCUGCCUCCAUUGCAGUAGAAAGCAAAGAAAAAGAGAAGAGAUGGCUCAAGUUUUAGAACAUAGAACCUUGUAUCAGUUUAACAGAAAUUUCAUGGUUAAACUGUAUCAUUUAUGACAAACACAGGAACCUUUGAAUUAUAAUUGCGUUUACAAGCAAAAUGGUAUUCCAUGGAAUACAUGAUGUUGGAAGAAGAGGAGACAUCACAAUAUGCAUUUUCAUAA